GGGGAGGACGGCUCCGCGGCCGGGCGGUGUCCGUGCAUCCGGCCGCCGCGGGAAACCCUACACCGCGGGCUGGGAACAAAGCGCCGCGCACCGCCGUGCCGUGCCGCCGGGUGCAAAGCCUCGCGGGGGGCCGCAGCGCUCUGCCCGCCGGCGAGCGGGCCGCCAGCAUGGCCGCGGCCGAGCUGACAGAGCUGGAGACGGCCAUCGAGAAGAUCGCCACCGUCUUCGUGAGCCACGCGGGGCGGGCGGGACGCGGCGGCACGCUGACGGCCGCCGAGCUGGGGGAGCUGCUGCGGCACGAGCUGCCCGGCCUCGCCAAGGACGCCCCGUCGCUGGACGCCCGGAUGCGCGAGCUGGACGGCGGCAGCGGUGGGGAGCUGGGCUUCGGCGAGUACUGGCGGCUCCUCGGGGAGCUGGUCGGGGACCGGCGCCGGGGGAAGGCGGGCAAGAAGAAGUGACGGCGCCCGGCGGCAGCUAAUAAAUGAGGUUUCUCCCA